AUUUUAAAGAGGUUUAGACAAGCAACCUUAGAUACCAUUAAAUUAUCUUGGAAUAAAAUUAAAGAUGAUUUAAUUAAUCCAAAACAUCAACCAUUACCUACUGUUUCUUCUGAUAUUAUUUUUGAAAAAAUAAUAUUAAAAGAAAAAAUUGAGAAUGAAAUUAAAAAAUAUAAUAAUCAUAAAAUAAGAAAAACAUCAACUUGGGCAGUAAAUAUGCUUAAACAACUUAAUGAACUUGUAAAUUUUAUUGAAUCUUAUGAAUCUCAACAAGAUGAUUCAAUACAAUUAAUUCCUAAUAAUCCUGAAUAUGAAAAAAUGAAACAGCAUUAUUAUGAACUUGAUUUGCGUAUUCAAAGAGGAAAAAUAUUUGAACUUGCUUUACGUAGAAAAUUAGAAAUUGAAAGAAUAUAUAAAAAAACAGGAACAAAAUUAUAUAAUCGUAUUAAAGCACAAAUAGCUUUAACUGAUAGAAAUAUACAAAAUGCUGUAAGUAAAUAUAAUGAAAUAAUUGAAACUUUUUCAUAUUCAAAUUGUGAUAUUCAAAUUAUUCAAAAUUGGAAGACUGUUUGUGAUAUUGAAAGUGAAUUUUGGAAGAAAUAUUUAAAUGAAGAAAUGCUUCCUAAUGUUGAUCCUUUAAUAAGAAAAGGAAUUAAUUCAAUGCUUACUUUAAAUCGAUACUUAGCAAAACUGACCUGGCCGGACUAUGAAAACCAUUUUUACUACUUUGUACCGCCUAAUGAAGAAUUAAAUGAAUUACAAUUAGAAAUAGAAAGGGUAAAAGUUUGGGAAUAUCAACAUAUUAAUAUUUUAAAAUUAAUUGAAAUAGAAAUAAAUACAGAAAUGGAUAUUGAAUUAAAUUUUACAAGAAUUAGAUAUAAAAAAGGAAUAAUAAAAUGGAUAAUUAAUGAAAAAUUAAAUAUAGAAAAUCAAAUGAAUGAAUUUGAAUUUUUGUUAAAAAAUUUAAAUAAGAAAAAUAUUGAAAAUACUGAAGAUGAUAAUAAUGAAUAUUUAUAUGAUGAUAAAAUAGAUAAAUUAGAUAUUGAUGAAAUUGAAUUAAAUGAAAAUAAUGAAAUUUAA